AUGGCGGACGUCCGGUCCAAGGCAAUGAUCCCGAGUUGGACCCAGCAGACCCCCGCUCCUCCCACGAAAGCUAUCGACAAGCCCGCACCUCGUGUAGGCAAGCGUGAUGCCCCCAAGGAGGCUCCCAGCCAGCCCCGUCCCGGCCAGAACUCUCGCCGUGGUAACAACUUCUCUGGCAAUGAGGCCGCUUUCCGUGACCGCAACGCUGGUCGCAACCAGAACCGCGAGAAGCCCACCGAUGAGAGGGAAGGUGGUGCCCGCCGUGGUGGACGUGCCCGUACCGACCGUCAGUCCCGUACCGGCCAGACCGACUCUGGAAAGAAGGUGAACCAGGGCUGGGGUGGCCAGAGCGGCGAGAAGGAAUUGGACGAUGAGCGCGCCGGUGAGAAGAUCGCCCAGGCCGACGAGAACGAGCCCCAGACUCCCGCCGAGGAGGCCGAGCCUGCUGACAAGGCCAAGUCGUAUAACGACUACCUUGCUGAGAAGGCCGCUGCCGGUGACUUCAGCGCCAAGCCCGUCCGUGCCGCCAACGAGGGCUCCAAGGCUGACUCCAAGUGGGCCAGCGCCAAGGAAUUCAAGCGUGAGGAGGAUGAGAACUACAUCAAGGGUAGCUCCGAGAAGGCCAAGCGUGAGAAGGCUCGCAAGGAGAAGAACGUCCUUGAGGUCGACAUGCGCUUUGUUGAGGCCCCCCGUGGCAACAGCGGUCCCCGUGGCCGUGGUGGUCGUGGCGGACGUGGUGCCCGUGGUGGCCGUGGCAACGGUCCCCGCGGCGGUGAGCGCACUGAGCGCAGCGCUCCUGUCACCGUGGACGAGAAGAACUUCCCCAGCCUUGGCGGCAAUUAA